CUGUGAUUGGCUCCUCUGAUCAUGUGAUAACUAAAGAAGCUACUCUGAGAAACAGGAAGCUGAGAGACGGACUGAGCGUCCUGCCUGCAGACAGAAAGUUAGUUUUAAAGUCAUCUUCUUCAUCUCUCAAAAGAGGAAAUCUCAACACGUCAGGAGGACCAGGAGACCUGAAGAUGUCUCAAAGACCAAGAAGAAGAAAUAGCAUGGGUACACCUCCUGAUUUCUCUCAAUGUCCUCCAGAUCCGUCUGAGGUAAUGGACAAACUUAAAGAUCAUUCAGCUUCCUUCAUCAGGGAGUUUGCCGGCAUAGAACACAGGAUGAGACAGAUUGCAGGAGAGAUUGAAGAGAUCAUUGCUGAAGUCAGAAAGAUGCAGAAGAAGAAGCGAUUAGCAGUAAGAAUAGGAGCCCUUAUUCUGGCGGGGUUAGUAGCAGCAACAGCAGUAGCAGUAGCAGUAAAAGCAGCAGAUGGAGAAGCAAGGACAGCAACCAGAACCAGGUCUCUUACAGCAACAGCAACGACCAAAUGGACAGAAGCACCCAUUAUUCUGGCAGCAGCAGGAAGACAAGUAGGUCUAGGAGUAGUAGGAUCACUAGGAAUAGGACCAACGAUCCUUGUAGUAGCAGCAUUAGCAGUAGCAUUAGCAUUAGCAUUGGUAGCUGCUACACUAACUGAGAACAGAAGUAUAGAGAAAGUAGAAGAGCUGGGGGCAGAGAUCCUGGAGAUGGUUGAACCACUGAAGAAGGACCUGGAAGACAUCCGGAGGACGAGUGAGACGUUGGAGCAAAGACCAGCUGGUCUUCAGGCUGGACAGACUCUGAGAGACAUGGAGGACCUUCAGAGGACUCUGGGACGAGGUCCUGCAGAGAGAAGAGAGAUCCUCAUGUUGUCUGCUCUGUGCAGCUCGGUGGUUGGGGACUGUGAGAAGAUGAAGGAGAUCCUCCGAGACGUCACAGACCAGUAAAGAGACCAGCUGCCUCAGUCAUUAUUGUCUUAUAUCAUUUCUCACUAAAUCUGCAGUUUCUGAUAUAAAACUUGAAAUCUGGGUCACCAAUGAUCCUCUGAUCCUGUUUAUCACACAUCAGUCCUCAAAGUAUUCCUGCGUUCAUGUGUACGGGAGAAUCAGCUGGUGUUCAGGGGUCGUCCCUCAAGACAACGUUACGUCUUUCAAUAAAAACAAAUGCAGUUUCACGUCAUUUUGGAGCGUUAUUAUCUCCAUAUGAAACUGUGGAAAAGCUAGAGAGGAUAAUAAAUAAUGCUAAAAGCUUAAAGCUGAAGAAGUCCACUGGGGACAGAACUCCAACCAUGAGGUCUGACGGAGGUCUUUCAGGAGUUCUGAUGCUGAUGUUUUCUGUCUCUGACCUCUCUCUCUGCUUUACUUUCUUCUUACGCAGUAAACAGUCCCUAAAAUAUUAUCAUCUUUUAUACUCUUGGAAACCACUUAGCAUUCACACGCUUCUGCUGCAGAGAAAGUCACUUUCAUGACCCCCCCCCCCCCCCCUUCAUAUCUUCAUCUGUCCUGUCAACAACAAACGCUGAAAAUGCCCAAAAAACCUUUAAAACAGAGAAACUACGUCUCUUUGUGAUGAUGUGUGUAGAUCCGUUCCUGUUCCUUCCAGAUGUAAUGUAUAUAUACAUACAUAUAUAUAUAUAUAUAUAUAUAUACAUUUAUU